AUGUAAGCCUAAGCUCAAUUAAAGUGGAGUGAUUUGUAAAAAGAUGAGAAAGAGAAUAUCCUUAGAAAUAAUGAUGAAUAACCUAAGCUGGCAUAUUUAGAAGAUAAUGUUAAGAAAGUGAAUAGAAUCAGAUUCACUUAAGGUCCCAAUAAAUUAUAAAAGUUUAUGAUCGGUUUAUGUGAUAAGAGAAUUCGAUAGGAAAGAGGAAUGAUAUUCUAGGAUAAGUCAUUUGUUGGACAUGGCACAUAUCUCCUUUAUUCUGUGGAUAGCUAUAAUUCAUGUAAGACUAUAAUUAAUGAAAAGAGCAACUAUAAUGAAGGAGGGUUUGUAUUACAUCCAAAUGAGGAAGAGGAAGUUUCAUUCGAUUUGGAGCAAAGAAUAUUGAAAAUAGUAGAUGUCAAGAAACCAGAGAGAAAAGUAGAGUUUAAAACAGAACAUCAUAACCUAGACGACUUGCAUCUUUGUGUAGUAAUACUGGAAGGGGAACUGACAUUUCAGAUAUGA